CGAAUUCGUUCGCGGGGCAGGAAUGUGGGGAGGGUGCCCUGCAAGAAGCGGGGGUCGGGGAAGGGCAUGUUGCUUCCUCCCCUUCCCACUCUGGAAAUGCGGGUGGAGGGUACUCUUGCAUUAGGGCUGCCACCUUUGUUCUGGGGCGCGAUUUAUUUCCCUUUCCCCCCCAAUCCAUUACAAUCUUACAACUCACACACAACAUGAAAUUGUAAAUCUGCCUGUGCCUGACUCCGCUACAUGACGUUUCACACACCUGCCUUUGCAGAGGUUCCCUAACUUGGCAGAGAGAGGGACAGAGAGAAUCAUAGAAUCACGUGGAAACCUGGCCAGAUGGGCGGGGUAUAAAUAAUGAUAAUAAUUACUAUUAUUAUUAUCAUAAUCAUGUAUGUAGUCGGAAGGGACCCGAGGGUAUCAUAGAGUCCCAACCCGCUGCAGUGCAGGACUAUGCCGCUGUCCCAUAAGGGGAUGGAACCUGCAGCCUUGGUGUUAUCAGCACCUCACUCUGACCAACUGAGCUAUCCAGGCUGACCUGGAUAGAAAGAAAAGACCUGAAAUACAGGGCAAACGAUCAACACAGGACGUACAUUUUGCAUUGAAAUAGGGACAAUCCUGAAUUAUACAGGACAGGUGGCAACCCUAGCUCUGCAUGCAACCAUCUCCCCUGGUUGGUGGUGUGGAGAGAACUUUUCUCUGUUUCACCUCAGAAGUGCCGUGUGUGUAGGGAUUUGGGCUAUAUGGGGAGGAGGUGUAUCGAAGCCUGCCCCCCCUCCUCAGGCUUAGUCAAAGUGUCUUCUGUUGCUGAGCUGCUGUGGCUUGGGAGCUAAUAGCUUAACCUAAAUCUAGUACACACAGUGUUUUGAGGACACUGUGUUGGCAUUGCCUGCCUUAAUUUACUUAGGGUGCACACUUGCCUCCUGUGAGUAAGCCCCAUUGAGUUCAAUAGGACAUACUUCCCAAUAGUAAUAAUAGUAAUAAUAAUUUUAUUAUUGUACCCUGUCCAUCUGACUGGGUUGCCCCAGCCACUCUGGAUCCACAGGAUUGCGUUGUUAGUACAGUAUAUUUUCUGUAACUAAUACUUUUGAGUUAAUAAAUCACAGUUAAAAAACAAAUAACUUAAGGUACUAUUACAUGGAUUUAGGCAGUGCUAUUUUUCCAGAAAAUGAGGUGCCGGAACUCACUAUGAACACCUCCCUCUUUCUCUUAGAAUGGCAAUGGCACCCACCUAAGAGCUGCCAGAACUCACCUGAGCAAUGCUGGAACUGAGUUCCGAUGAGUUCUCCCUUAAAAAAAGCACUGAUUUUAGGAUACCAGACUUCCACGCUUUCCUAAAUCUGAUUGCAAAAGCCAAAUAAGCCCAUUCAUGCUUUGUUUAGAUCUAAACUGUGCUGCUCCUUUAAAGCUUGGGGAAAUAAAAUACUGUACUCUUAGUUCCUCUAUUCUCCUAAUACUAUUGUGAAGCAGGUGGCUGUUCUGUUCUAAAGAAAAUCUCCUACUACAGGCAUUGGAGAUGAAUCUGAUGAAGAGUUGAGCAUAAAUUGAAAACCUGCAUAGGACAGGUGUCUGACCAGUAAAUAGAGAGAGUCACAUUUUUAGGGAUCAGUGAUAAUUAGUUCUACAAUGGAAGGUUAUAGAGGCAAAACAUUCGGGGUUUGUGAGGAAACAUUAUGCGUUUUCAAUUGCUUUCUGAAGUAUUGAGUUUAAACUGCUCUUUCUGGUUUUCAUUGUUAAUAUUUGCAUAGAGGUAAGGUGUGGGUGUUGAUCUUUAUCGGGUUAACAUGAGAGCUAAAAGCUCCAUAGCCGAGUUGUAGGAAAGUUGUAAUUCAGGAUUGCCACAAUAAUAUUACACUCUCAGAUAUUUUUAGUGGCUUUUGCCUCCUGGCUGUAGAGUUAUUACAGACAUUUUAAUGAUAGGCUGCAAAGGAGUCCUUGGGAGACAGUUUUGUAGUUCAGCCAAAAAGUUACUGUACUCUUGAUUGCUCCCAAGCUGUGUGGUGGAGGAGAUGGCUAGUUUAGCUGGUUGAGCUUGUUUUUCACUGCUCAUAUGGGAAGCAUUUGAAACAGCAUGAGGAAUACUUGGCUGUAGCAGCCUCUAGUAACCUCAGGCUCACUCAGUUUCUUUUUCUUAGCUUUGAGGAGGUGCAAGAUAGUUCCUCGGGGGUCUCCUUGCUAGCUUUGCCUUUUCUUGCUGCCCCUGCCAUAUCUCCCUUUGGAGCCAAUCCCUUUGGCUCUCACUAUCCCGGUGGUCUUUACACAGUAGUUUAUCUGAGCUACUGAGAGGGCUGCUUUACACUUAAGUCUCUGGACUCUGGAGCAAUCACUUCCUUGCAGUUCCCAAAAGUUAAGGUUCAGUUUUUAAAAAAUGAAGUUAUGUUUCAGGCAGCGGAGAGCAUUGCAACAGAUCUUACUUUGCAUAUAGUGUGGGACGCUGAUCAAGGUGUGUUGGGAGCAGGUAUCGGGAGAUGCGAUGCACACGAUGAUUUAGAACACCAUGCUGGUCACUGCCUAUGUUGCUUUUGCCUUCCUCCUGCUGAUAUGCAUUGGCUUGGAGUUCUCUGCCUGCCGUUCCAAGAUCACCGGCAGGUCUUGCUCCAACCCAGCCUUCCUGCGGUUCCAGCUAGACUAUUAUCAGGUCUACUUCUUGGCCCUUGCCGCUGAUUGGCUGCAAGGACCUUAUCUCUAUAAACUGUACCACCACUACCACUUCUUGGAGGCUCAGAUCACCAUCAUCUACGUCUGCGGCUUUGCCUCCAGCGUGCUGUUUGGGCUGGUCUCCAGCUCCUUGGUUGACCGCUUGGGCCGUAAGAAAUCCUGCAUCCUCUUCUCCUUGACUUACUCCAUCUGCUGCCUCACAAAGCUCUCCUGGGAUUAUUUUGUGCUCAUUGUGGGAAGGAUAUUAGGGGGGCUGUCCACUGCCCUGCUCUUUUCUGCCUUCGAGGCGUGGUACGUCCACGAGCACGUGGAACGCCACGACUUCCCGGCCGAGUGGAUCCCCGCUACCUUCUCCAAGGCAGCUUUUUGGAAUGGCAUCAUCGCUAUCGGAGCCGGCGUGGUCGCCAACGUCUUUGCAGAAUGGCUGGGGCUGGGCCCGGUGGCCCCCUUCAUGGUCUCCAUCCCCUUUCUCAUGCUGGCAGGUGUCCUGGCGAUGAAGAACUGGGAUGAAAAUUAUGGCAAGAAGAGGGCUCUCUCGAGGACUUGCACUGAUGGCUUGAAGUGCCUCCUCUCAGACCGCCGGGUCUUGCUUUUGGGUACCAUCCAGGCUUUGUUUGAGAGUGUCAUCUACAUCUUCAUCUUCCUUUGGACUCCUGUCCUGGAUCCUCACAACCCACCCCUGGGCAUAGUCUUCUCUAGUUUCAUGGCGGCCAGCAUGGCAGGCUCAUCACUCUACCGCGUCGCAACCUCCAAGAAAUACCACCUGCAGCCCAUGCACAUCCUUUCCCUCUCAGUCCUGAUGGUUUUCUUCUCCCUCUUCAUGCUGACUUUCUCUACCAACCCUGGGCAGGAGAACCCUUCCGAGUCCUUCUUGGCCUUCCUGCUCAUUGAGCUGUCUUGCGGGCUCUACUUCCCUUCUAUGGGUUUUUUGCGGCAGAAGGUGAUCCCCGAGAAGGACCAGGCAGGUGUCGUGCACUGGUUCCGCGUCCCGCUCAACCUGCUGGCAUGCCUCGGCCUGCUGAUCCUCCACGACAGCGACUACAAGACAGGCACCAGGAACAUGUUCACCAUCUGCUCUGUCAUGAUGGUGAUGGCCCUUCUGGCCGUCGUGAGCCUCUUCACGGUGGUCCGUAACAAUGCAGAGCUCAGGUUGCCCAGUCCACCUGGUCAAAGCGAGGUCUCUUCUCCUGAGCUCUGAUAUGUGAUGCUUUUUCUUGGGGGAAGAUGCUCUGGAGUUGGCCAGUCGUCUGCUGCACAUCACAGUGCUGGUACUGUAUAUAGGCAAGGACUCUGCAGAGAGAACACAAGAGUCUCUUCUGACUCUUGUGUGUCCUUUUUCCCCACAAGGGAGAAUCUUUUCUAUGCCUUUUUCAAUAAGGAUUGAUCCCCAUCGGAUUUGAUCUGUGGCAAGCAUAGCUUUUCUUUUCUGCACCGUGGAGUUUUUGAUUCCCAAGGCACCUUGACUUCUACCAAAUUUUCUGUGUGUGAGGGUGUGGGGAUUGCUUCCUACCACUUCAUCCUGGAUAGAUUGUGGAAAGUAAUGGUUGAAAAGGACACAGCCCUCUAUUUUUUUUUUAAGUGAGCAGUGAGGUUGAUAGACUGACCAUCUGUUAUCAGUAUUGAACUUGUUCAUAAUGUCAGCCAAAUUCCAUGUUGUCAACCCUCUGCUUAUGGAAAAGAAUAAAAUACAUAAAGCUUC